AUGUACAUAUACCCCCUGGAGAGCUUUGACAAUAUCUACCUAGACCUCUCCAACAAUGCCGGCAAGUGCAAGCUGGCAGAGAGCGGUCUAGGAUGGCGCCCUGCUGGCGGAGGCGACACCUUCACUCUGGAUAGUAGCAACAUUGGUGGCGCUCAGUGGAGUCGCGCGGCAAAAGGGUUUGAGCUGAGGAUUCUGUCGCGAUCAUCGGGUGUGAUCCAGCUGGAUGGCUUUGAUCAAGAGGACUUCGAACGAUUGUCCAAGGCUUUCAAGAUCUGGUACGGUAUUAACGUUGAAAACCGCGAACACGCCCUGCGAGGAUGGAACUGGGGUAAAGCAGAGUUUACCAAAGCAGAGCUUUCCUUCAACGUACAGAACCGGCCCGCCUUCGAGGUCCCAUACUCCGAAAUUUCCAACACCAACCUGGCUGGAAAGAACGAGGUUGCGGUGGAAUUUGCGCUCUCCGCUACGGACGCGAAUGGCACCAACUCCCAGCCUGCUGGAAGCACCAAGAACCGCGGUCGCAAGGCUGCCGCAGGCCCGGACGAGUUGGUUGAAAUGCGGUUCUACAUCCCCGGCACCGUCUCGAAGAAGGAGAAGGCUGAGGAUGCCGAGGGCGAUGAAGAAAACGACGAAGAGGUGGAGGAACAGAACGCUGCAAACCUCUUUUAUGAGACCCUCAUGGACAAGGCUGAGAUCGGUGAUGUGGCUGGUGACACAUUUGCGACCUUCUUGGAUGUUCUGCAUCUUACGCCUCGUGGUCGUUUCGAUAUUGACAUGUAUGAAUCGUCCUUCCGACUCCGCGGAAAGACCUACGACUACAAAAUCCAAUACACCGCCAUCAAAAAGUUCUUCUUGCUCCCUAAGAAUGACGACACUCACACACUCAUUGUCCUGGGUCUUGACCCUCCACUGCGCCAGGGUCAAACCCGCUACCCCUUCCUGGUUAUGCAGUUGAAGCUGGAUGAAGAGAUCAGCCUUGAGCUCAACAUGACCGAGGAUCUGCUGAACACGCAAUACAAGGAUAAGUUGCAACCACACUACGAGGAGCCCAUUCACCAGGUGGUGACCAAAAUCUUCCGGGGUCUGUCCGGUAAGAAGGUCAUCAUGCCGUCCAAAGAUUUCGUCAGCCACCACGGCCAUCAUGGAGUUAAGUGUUCCAUCAAGGCCAAUGAAGGCCUCUUGUACUUCCUGGAUAAGAGCCUGAUCUUUGUGCCCAAACCGGCAACCUACAUUCAAAUGGAGAAUGUGGCGGUGGUGACGAUGUCGCGUGUUGGCGGUGCGGUCUCAGCCAGCCGUACCUUUGACAUCACUGUGGCUCUGAAGGGCGGUCUGGGUGAACACCAGUUCAGCAAUAUCAACCGUGAGGAGCAACAACCUCUGGAGGUCUUCUUCAAGGCCAAGGGCAUUCGUAUCAAGAACGAGAUGACCGAAGAGACUUCUAGCCUCCUGAAGGCAGCCCUUGACCCCGAUGAGAUGAUGGAAUCCAGUGAUGAUGAAGGCGCUCGACCUGAUCGUGGCUCGGCCGAUGAGGAUUCGGAUUCCCCUGAUGAGGACUUCAACGCAUCGUCAGAGUCCGAUGUGGCCGAAGAGUUUGAUGAGGACCACGAGAGCAGCGGCGACAGCGACGAGGAGAUGGGCGAUGCGUCCGGUGAUGAAGCAGCUGGAUCGGACGGAGAAUCACGGCCGAAGAAGAAGACCAAGACCGGCUGA